GCUCCGCAAUCCUCGGUCAGUCCCAGUCUGUCUCGGUCGGUCUGCCGUAACGGUCGCGCUUGAGCGUUCGGUGCGAUCGACUCUACGGGAAUAGUGCGUCAUCCAGGAGUCCCGGAAGGUACGGGAUCCCACGUUAGGAGGCGUCGCGAGGAUCCUUUCAAGGUGUAGGCGAACGUCGAUCGGUCGACCCACCUGUCGUUAAACUCGACGAGUUCUCGGUGAGACGAGGACGAGGACAGGAUGGCGGAAGCCCACUCGGCGGUCGCGUUCAGCUUCUCCAUCACCCACGAGGGAUGGGACGUCAACUUCGACAGGGAGGUGCUCCACCUCGUCUGGCAGUCCGGAGUCCGCUCGUGGAAGAAGCGAUUUUUCCGGUUCCAGAACAACCUGAAGAACGGCGUCUACCCGGCCUCCCUGCAGAGCUUCUGGCUGACGGUGGCCGUGGUCUCGGCCGUUCACUUUGUGGGCUAUCGCUUCCCGUUGGACCCCGUCGGCAAGGUGGCGCCCUACAUCUCGGGGUGCUCGGUGACGGCGCACCUGGCCGCCUCGCUCCUGGCGGGCCUCCUGCUCUGGCUCGCGGUCAUCUACGCGAUCCGCUACACCCUGAAGCUGCUGCUGGUCUACAAGGGUUGGAUGUACGAGGCCAGGGGUAAGGACCGCCGAAUCUCGGCCCUCACCAAGCUCUGGCUCGUCCUGGUCAAGCUGCUCUCCGGGUGGAAGAAGCCCAUGCUGUACAGCUUCCAGGGAUCGCUCCCGAGGCUGCCCUUGCCCUCCGUCGAGAGCACCGUGCAGCGGUACCUGAGGAGCGUGCGGCCCCUCCUGGACGACGAGAAGUACGCGCGCAUGGAACGGCUGGCCAGGGAGUUCGAGGCCGGCAUCGCCGUCAAACUGCAGCGCUACCUGAUCCUCAAGUCCUGGUGGUCGACCAACUACGUGUCCGACUGGUGGGAGGAGUACGUCUACCUGAGGGGCAGAUCGCCCCUCAUGGUCAACUCGAACUUCUACGGCAUCGACGCCAUCCUCCUUCACCCGACCAAGGUGCAGGCCGCCAGGGCGGCCAGCAUCAUUCACUCCUGCCUGAGGUACAGGAGACUCAUCGAGCGCCAGGAACUAGAGCCGAUCAUGGUGCAAGGCUUGGUCCCCCUCUGCUCUUGGCAAUACGAGAGGCUCUUCAACACCACCAGAAUUCCCGGGAUAGAGACCGACAAGAUCGUCCAUUACCAGGACUCGAAGCACGUUGUCGUCUAUCACAAGGGGAGAUACUUCAAGGUCCUUAUAUAUCAUAAGAACAGGAUACUCCAACCGUGCGAAAUCGAGAUACAGAUCCAGCAGAUCCUGGACGACGAGACGUCGAAGCCCGCCCGGGGAGAGGAGAAGCUGGCCGCGCUGACGGCCGGGGAAAGAACCUCCUGGGCUAGGGCUAGAAACGCCUAUUUUUCCAAGGGCGUCAACAAGGCGUCCCUCGAGUCCAUCGAGAAGGCCGCGUUCGUGGUGGCGCUCGACGACGUUCCUUACGAGUUCGACCAGGCGCAUCCAGAGAAAUUGGACAACUACGGACGCGUUUUGUUGCACGGGAAGGGAUACGACAGAUGGUUCGACAAAUCCUUCACUCUUUGUUUCGGAAACAACGGAAGGAUCGGCUUCAAUGCGGAACAUUCGUGGGGAGAUGCCGCCGUGAUGUCACACUUGUGGGAGUUCCUGUUCAGCGAGGAAGUCAUCGGUGACGAAUACAAAGACGAUGGCCACACAAAAGGAACCCCAGAAUUCGCACCCCCGGCCCCGUCGCGAUUGCAAUGGGAUCUGGGUACCGACUGCAUAGCUGCCAUCGAAGAGUCCUGUAAGGUCGCCGAGAAGCUGUUGAACGACGUCGACCUGCGCAUUUACGUGCACAAUGCCUAUGGCAAAGGAUUCAUGAAGAAGAGUCGAAUGUCUCCGGAUGCUUAUAUUCAGAUGGCUAUGCAGCUUGCCUAUUACCGGGACGCCGGGAAAUUUUGUCUGACCUACGAAGCUUCGAUGACGCGACUAUUCCGAGAAGGAAGAACGGAGACCGUUCGGUCGUGCUCCAUCGAAUCGACGGCAUGGGCCAAGGCAAUGGACGACGAGUCUACGACGGUCGACGAGAGGCACAGAUUAUUGCUAGAGGCUGCCAAACAACAUCAGAAGGCCUAUCAGGACGCUAUGUGCGGGAAGGGAGUGGACCGACAUCUCUUCUGUCUCUACGUAGUCUCGAAAUACUUAGAAGUCGAUUCUCCGUUUCUUAAGGAGGUUUUGAGCGACCCGUGGAAGCUCUCUACGUCGCAAACGCCUCACGGACAGACAACCAGAUUGGAUAUGAACAAACAUCCAAACUGCAUUUCGGCUGGAGGGGGAUUUGGACCCGUAGCCGAUGACGGUUACGGAGUAUCCUACAUCAUUGCCGGGGAAGAUCUUAUCUUCUUCCACGUCUCCAGCAAGCAUAGUUCCCCUGAAACGAAUUCCGUAAGAUUUGCAAGGGAAAUAGAACGGGCUCUCCUCGACAUGAGGGAGCUGUUUCUCGAGAAAGCGAAGCUGCACCAGCAAAAGAACGGCUCCACGUAAUGGCGAAUGCCCCUGGCUCAGAACGAUAUCCCGAACGAAUUAAUGGUAAUCCUAGGGAGCGGCAGCUUUGGCAAUUCCACGAAUUAGUUGAAACUGCCACGGCAGGGUACCACCGUGAUGUUCUCCACGAGCAUUCGUUUCAAAUUUAUCGGUUGAGAAGUAUUAACGUAAAGCGCGAGUUCUACCGAGACAGUCAACCCCCCUCAUGAUCCGGAGAACUGGCCGACAGGACGGCAUAGAUAGUUUCAGUAUUUUAAGUAAUCGAAUCCGAAUACGCAUACGUCUAAGGUUCGACCACGAAGAACCCGGUUCCGUAGGUAGAAGACUUCAGUCCACUGGAAAUGAAAUUCUUCCCAGAGGGCUCUUGACUCUCGACAAAUGGCCAUACCAACUAGUGCCUCUUACAUAUAUUUUUAUAUUGUUUUACAUAGUCAUUGACGUUUCAUAAAUAGUACUUUUCUACCUCCGAUAAACUACGGUUUAGGAGGUCGAGAGUUCUUUAAGGUGGUUCCUCGUUUAGGGGGGCGCAAGAAAAAAGUGGAACACAGCGAUGACGUAAAACAUCCCUCGAUGUGGAACUUGCUCAAAUUACUAUUAGCCUUUGGCAUGUUAAAAGUGUACAAACGAACCAUGGAAUCGCGUUGUCUCAAAUUGAAAAGGUUCUCGAGUAUAAAGAAUCUCACGAAGAGCUUGCUAUCAUUUACAUAUCAACUUCCGUAAUUUUUCUUUCUAUACUUUCAAUGACGAUAAGGUGUAAUGAUAAGGGGGCUCGGGAUUGAAACACUUUCAGAAUCUUUAGUAAUUUUCUUUCGCGUUUUAACGGAGAUUAAAUGCUGAGGGUUUCUCGGUGAUUAUAAUGCUCGAAAACGAGGACUCGUUUCGCAGCCAGUUUUCUUCGGAAGGUGUUCGGAGGUCCGUCGUAAUCAUUGGGUUUUUCAAUAUACAUAUAUACAUAUAUAUAUAUACACAUAUAUAUUACUUGAUUAUUAAUCACGCACAGAGCAAUACUCAUUUUUACUUAGAUUUCGAAUCGUCCAUUGCAAUACGCAUGUGUGACGAGUUGUUGCAAUUUAUUAAUGGAUUUUACUGACGGAGAAACGCGCAGAUUACACUCUGCCGCUGGAGGAUAUUUAUGAUACCCUUGCGUCUACGAGGGCGUACUUAGGCUGGUUUACUUCUGCAAAAAUUGACCAGAAAGGUUGAAAGAUUCUAUAGCCAAAGUAGACAAAGCAUUACGAUUGAUUAUUCAUUUAAUUUCUGCAGAAGUGCGCCGCUGUGAAUACGAAAUCAACGCUGAUGUGAAAGGCAGUUUAUUGAGAUAUCAAAAAAUUCAAGACGAACUUCAAGGUAUGCUUUGACUACCAAUUUAGUAAUGCUGCCUAUAGAACAUUUUUACGCAAUCGAAAAUGUGUUACGUAGCGACUCGAUACUCCUGUACGUUCUCAACGUAAACGGGACUCUGGCAAUGUCAGAAAAUGAUGUGCAACCUAUCAAUGCAAAGUGUUUUAAUAUGUUAAUUUUAUAUGGGAAACUUACGACGUCAAUUUAUUAUAAUAUAUUUGUUGAGAAUUAAUUGUAGCGGUACUGGUGCUUUCGGAAGCAGUGUCAAGAUAGUUGUAACUAAUUGUACCUUCUGGAGUUGGACGUUGUUUUUAUCAUCAAAGAAAAAUAGGAUGUUCACUUUCUACUUUGUGAAUGCGAUGAGUGUAAAUAUCUUAGGUAGCUAGUUAAAAUUCUAAGCCGAGGCUACAUAGCGUUGGUUAAACAAAUGAAUGAUAAGCUGUUGAAAUAAAUGUUAGAUUUUAUCGUUGGUCUUGACUUAGAAAAAGAUAACUCUCAGGAUUCAUUUAAGAAAGGAAAAAAAUAGUACUACCAAGAAAAAAGCUUUAUUAGUAACAGAACGACGUUCGGUUGUAUCCACCAUAGGUCUCUUAAAUGAUAAGAAUGAAGUAUCGCUCCAAAGGUUAAAGCUACCGUAAUCCUGAUCGACUUCUAGCUUAAUUAAAUAGUGAAAUCGACUUUGGAGACACCCAUGAUCAUUUAAAUAAAAGUUAUGCAGUUUA